UGUAUUUUGGGGGCGUUUUUAAUAAAACAAUUAUUCCACUCGCGCCUGUUGGAUAUGAGAUGAUCUUAGCCAACUCGAUUUUUGACGCUCAUCCUGCCGGCUCCAAGAGGAAAAAGAGGAGAGCGUCGCACUGCAAAUAUUCCUUAAUUUGCAAUGAUUUUCCCGGAAUUGUUUAACGAACUGCGCCAUUUUCGUAUCUUUUCUUAAUGAAAGCUGCCAACGGCUUUAAUAAGGCAGCUUUGUGAAUCUGUGUAGAUUUACAAAAUGACUAUGAAAACUAUAUGCCAAUGUUAACCUGUAGUGUUGCUUUAAAUAUUUCACGAGUCCUGCAGUACUUCGGCGCGGUUUUGGCUACAUCUUAAGCCGAGUCAAAAUACUAAUGGUGAGUAAAAACGUGCAGAGACACUUCGCACUAAGAUUCCUACCAAGCGAAAAAAGAUUAUCCCAAGUCUUUCUUUCUUGAAAGCCAAAUAAAACUGGAUUUGCUUUGAGCGUGCAGGAUUGGAACAAACCUGUUAAACAGGUUUAGUAGAGUAUGAAAACUGUUGGAUAUUUUUUUGUACUUGUAACAAUUUUGAGUUAUUUGUACGCUAAGGAGUGAAGAUGAAUAAAGAAUCUUUGAAGCGCUCGCGGAUCGCGAACGAGUCUACGUAACGCACGAAAUUAGCGUACGCAGUAGAAGGUUUACGUCACAAAUACUACUACACUGUUACUUCGCAAAAGGGUUUGCUUAACAGUGUUGCAGUGUAAUUUGCAGCGUGAUUUGUUGCUUAACCCGGCGUCCUUUUUCCUGCUUGAGGUUAAUGCGAAGAAAAAUGCCAGGCCUUAGGGAUGAAGACAAGGUGGAUCCAGUUGAGGCACAGCUCGAGGCGCAAAUGGAAUUGAGUCACCUCCAGCGGCAGUACCGCUGUAUGCGCAACGACAAAAGAACUUACACCGAACAAACGGAAAAUACAGUGAGGAAACAAAAGAUGGCCAUCGAAGCCCUAGUGAAGGACAAUGAAGAGCUAGAAGCAAUGAUUCAGGUGGCGAGAAGCCGGCAGAACGAAUUGCUUGAUCAAGGAAACGUGAAAAAGAUUGCGGAUCUUCUUGAUCGCGAAGUACAGGUUCAGGAAGAAAUCAAAGAAGAGAAAGAGGCUGUCGCGCGCGUUGAAGACGAAGUCGCCGCCAUGAGUGAGACGAUCAACCAACAGUGUAAGAAAAUGGGAGGUAGCAAGGAUGUUUAUCAUCAGAAACACGUCGCGAACAUGAAGCUAACUCGAGUUUUGGAGAACAGGUUGGACAAGAUGACUAAGAAAUUUAGCAUUGCCCUGACCGACAAUUUGAACCUCCGAGAACACAUCAAUCACAUCGAAGGGCAUAAAGCAAGGUUUCUGGACCUAUACAGGCGUUUGCAGAUUGAACUCUCCGAGGGAAAGAAGGAAAUCGAUCGAAUCUCGGAAAUGGCGACGGCGCAUUUCAAUGCUAGGGACGAAGCGCAGCACAGGAUGGCGUCACUGCGCGAGCGCGCGGAAAGAGAUCUAGCCAUGUAUAACGCAGACAUAAAAGACGUCAAGCGCGUCCUCGAGCAUGAUCGGAAACUUCGCGAAUUCAUGACGGCGAAAGCCGAAGAUCGUGUGUCAGUUCUGGAAGAAGAAUUGACAGCUCGCACAGUUAAGAAGCUCGAAACUCAACUGACUGGGCUGCGUCAAGAGGCGAGCAAGUUUGAAGACAUCUUCGAUAAGAUCAAAGAAGCUACUGGCAUCGACGACACGGACACCUUGGUGGAGUCGUUUAUUGAGAAUGAAGAUCAAAACUUCGCGCUGUUUAACUACGUGAACAACUCAAAUACGGAAAUCGAAACCUUGCAAGAUGAAAUUCGAUACUUGAAGGAUGAGAUCGAGAUGAUCAAGAGAGAAGGCGUCGAGAACGAUGUGCGCAGAAAAGUAAUUCUCACAGAACUGGAAGCGAAAAUGAGCGCUGCCACAGACGAGUUAACAAUCGUGAAAAAGGAAUACAAGAUGAGCAGAAGACAGCUGGAGCUGUUGAAGCCAAAGAUCGAAGCCGUUUUUAACUCGACCAAGUGCGACCGCGCAUCCAUUACAGAACUCCUCGGAGGUGGAGUGACCGUCGACGACAAUAACAUAAUGCAAUAUCUCGGAAUUAUUGAACAGAAAUGCAACCAGCUCUUACAGAUCAAAGCGCUACAGAAAGUGAAGUUGUCCAUGGGCGAGGCCGGAGAAACACCUAUAGAUGGCCUGCAGGGAGCUGGGCCCCACCCUGCGUACGACAACAUUUCCAUCGUGCCUCCACCGAUCGAAGAGGAAGGCGAUCACUGGUAUUCUAACGAUGCUAAACCACUGACCAUCGAAGAAGUUCAGGCUCUCAUAUUGCAAGGGAAUGUGCGGGGUGGAAACUUGAAAGGCGCAGGGGUGUCGAAGUACCCCGUGAAAAGGAAGCGUGCGUAAUAAACUUUUCUCAGAAACUAAAUUUAAUUGAACAAACUACCCUUUCUGAUCAAGUAACCUUUUUCAAUUAUUUCUAACAGUGGAAUUUCAACUAUUUUAUGUGGAAAAGAAGUAAUUAAUUAAUUUUAACUAAUAAAGGUGCUGAAUGAAUUGAGCCUAAUUUUUCUGGCUUUGUUUUGGAAAGCUCUAGAUCAGUGUCUUUUUUAGCACGAUUCUUCUUUUUCUUAUAUAUGAGUACUAAACUCUAAAUUGGCCGAGCAGCAGUCAUUUAUUAGCAACUAAAAUCUCGGCCACAAGAAAGAAGGAUGUUUUACGAGCAGCAUGAAUAACACUUUUAUACAAGCUACCUAAACUUGAAAAAAAGUCCGGCCGAUGUGUUUCGAGUUUAACCUAAAGCAAUCCGUUUUAAUUUUCCCCAAUUUCCCCCAUCUUGCCUCUUUUUGGCUCUCCCGUGUUUCUUCGUUAUUGUAACAUUUCGGUUUCUAUAACCAGUUGGUAAGUCAAGUCUGCGUACGAGCCAAGUGGCCCAUCACUACAGCCGCGCAUCUCCGGUUUCUUCCCGGAAUGAAUCGAUUAGGAGUAUUUCUACUGGUUACAUGGGAUGCUAGUCCAUCACGAUAGCGCUACCUCCAUCAUUAAAUUCACCUGGAUGGAGACAGGCACUGUGAGAGUAAAGUGUCCUGCUCAAGAACACAACACAAUGUCUCCGGCCAAAAGACAAGAAUAAUCAGGCUUAAAAGGAGCUCUGUCACGGUAUUUUGAGUUAUUUUG